AGGGACGAGACGGCCGUGCGCAUGGGGCUUCGCUUCUCCUCACCAUCCUCGCGUGCGUGGUUGUCCGUACCUUUCUCCCAUUCCUCUUCCGUCUCUUCGCUGCGCGUGCCACCGGACCCAUCUCUCCGCUCACUUCGUGUCGGCGUGUAGUUAUUAGUUCCAUAAAGAAAGGAUAAAAAGAGAAAUAAAAAAACAAAUUCCAUGGACGAUCACCAGGUAGUGGGCGACUUCCACAGGGUCAAGCCUAAGCGCUAUGCGCCGGCUGCGCCUGCGGAGACGGCGGAGGCGGGGUUCUGGCGCAGCUUCCGGCGGAAAGCCACGGAACCGCUGAUCGGCAACGUGACGGCCAUCGACUUCUGCCCCUCCGCGCCCUACCACUUCGCCGCCACCAACUCCACUCGCGUGACGGUGUACAGUGGCCUCACCAGGGAGCCCCUUAAAACCUUCUCCCGCUUUAAAGGACUCGCCUACAGCGGUCGCUUCAGGGCGGAUGGCAAGCUUCUAGUGGCAGGGGGGGACAGAGGCAUAGUGCAGGUGUUUGAUGCCACCAACCGCACUGUGCUCAGACAGCUCAACGGCCACACAGAUGCGGUGCGGGCGGUGCGCUUUGCCCUGGACAAGGUGCAUCUCAUGUCCGGCGGGGACGACUGUGCGCUGCGCUGGUGGGACGUCAGCUCGCAGGAGCCCCUGCGCAAGAUGGCGGUGCACUCAGACUACGUGCGCUGCCUGUCCACCAACCCUGCCUCGGCGGACCUGUGGGCAUCGGGGUCAUACGACCACAGCGUGCUCGUGUGGGACGUGCGCGUGCGCGACCCCGUGUUGCGCUUCCAGCACGCGCAUCCAGUGGAGGACGUGCUCUUCUACCCCAAUGGCACCAUGCUGGCUGUUGCAGCCGGCCCGCAGGUGUCAGUAUGGGACAUGCUUAAAGGCGGUGCGUCGCCCACAGCACUGCUGGCCUCCCAACCACCCUCCCAGCAGCAGCAGGGCAGCAGCAUAGUGACAUCCGUGACGUCCCACUCACGGCCGCUCUACCUGCUGGGCAACCACCAGAAGGCUGUCACGUGCCUGCACGUCACUCCGCCCAUCUCCCUGGGCCACGGCGACCGCCCCUUCCCUGCUCGCCUGCUCACAGGGUCGCUGGACGGCCACGUGCGCGUGUUCAGCCUCAGUGACUACAAGGUGAAGCACAUGGCACGGUACGACGGCCCCAUCCUCUCCCUGGGCAUGUCAUGCCGCGGCACCACACUAGCCGUGGGCAUGGCGGGGGGGCAGGUGGCCAUCCGCCACCGCACCCCGCCCGACAGUGAGCGCCGCCACCUGCAGCUCGCGGCAGCAGCGGCUGCGGUGCCGCGUGUGCCAGGCAUGCAGAAGAGCACAACGAAACGGGGGAGCAAAGGGCGCAUGCACGGGCCGCUGCAGACCGCCAACUUCAGAUACUUGGUCCGCGGGCAGACGGAAGAGGCUGCGGCGGAGGACUACCUGGUGGCGCAGCGCAAGCGCGUGCACCUAGCAGUGCACGACAACAAGCUGCGGCGCUUCCAGCACUCCGCCGCGCUCAGAGCCGCUAUGCAGGACGCUUCACUGGAGAAACCCGAGAUGCUGAUAGCGGUGUUGGAGGAGAUGAUCGCUCGCAACGUACUGGCCAACGCCAUAGCGGUGCUCCCAGUGAAGUCACUCAGCCGUUUCCUGCAGUUCUGCCGAAAGCUGGUGCCGAACCCGCGGUACAGCACGUUCCUCAUCCCCAUCCUGCACAUGGUGCUGGACCUCAGAGCGCAGCACGUGGCUGCCACACCACGACUGCAGCAGGGGUUCCAUGUGCUGGCGCAAGUGGUGGGAGCGGAGGCCCAUGCGCUGUCAGAGCUAGCGGAGCUGCAGGGCUUUGUGCUGCCCCUGCUGCGAGCGUCCACUGCUGCCAACGCCACCGCGGAGGGGAUUGCCGCUGCUGCAACGCUGGAGGGAGGAGGCUUGGAGGAUGAUACAGGUGUACUGUGAUGUGUGCUUUAGUGAACAAAAAUUAGGUUAGGUGGAGAAGGCGAUGGUUGCAUCGUGAGACGAGACGAUUCUAUUCCCAUUCGGUCAAAAUGCAAAUUUCGAGAGCCGAUGGAAAAAAUCAAGUGUCC